AUGUCCGCCACUGCGUUUGUCCCCUUUUCUGAGCCGCCGUACAUUGUUGGGCUUCCGUCUCCAUACUACAAGGAGACGCAUCUGAGAUGGCAAAAGGCGUGUCGCGCGUUUGUGCAGAAGAAUAUGAUUGAGAAGGCGCUGGAAUGGGAUACGGCUGAGACGGUGCCGGAACAUGUCUUUGAGACGUUUGCGAAGGCGAAUAUGUUGAUCCCUACGCUUCCCGCGCCUCUGCCGGUGGAGUGGCUGAAGAAGCUGGGGAUUCAUGAUAUUCUUGGCGUGGUCAAGGUCGAGGAAUGGGACUAUAUUCACACCAUGAUCUACGCUGAUGAGAUGGCACGAUCUGGUCUCGGAGGACCCCCAGGCUCUGUCACAACGGGCAUGUCGUUUGGCGUACCACCUCUCUAUAAAUUCGGCAAUAAACAGCUACAAGAGCGCUUCCUACCAGAACUCUUGACGGGCAAGAAGCGGACUUGCAUUGCGAUUACCGAGCCCGAGGCUGGAUCAGACGUCGCAAACAUCACCACAACGGCUAUAAAGACACCUGAUGGAAAACACUACAUUGUCAAUGGCUCCAAGAAGUGGAUUACAAAUGGUGUUUGGUCUGAUUACUGCUCCAUGGCCGUGAGAACUGGUGGGCCAGGACCAACAGGAUUGUCGAUGCUGGUUGUGCCUCUGAAAGGCUAUCCGGGAGUAACCAUGCGCAGACUCAAGGUUGGAGGGCAGGUUACCGGGGGCACGACAUUUAUCGAGCUCGAUGACGUUAAAGUGCCCGUAGAAAAUCUCAUUGGGGAGGAAGGAAUGGGCAUGAAGUACAUAAUGACCAACUUCAACCAUGAGCGACUCUCCAUUGCCAUUGGUGCAACUCGUCAAGCUCGUGUCGCUCUUGCCGCAGCGAUGGAAUACGUGAUCAAGCGUGAAGCUUUUGGCCAGCCGCUGAUCAAUCAAGCCGUGGUUCGACACCGCCUUGCUAAAGCUGGUGCUUUGCUGGAAUCCCAAUGGACAUGGGUGGAAAGCUUCGUUUACCAAAUGGUACAUUUGCCUAAAGCGAAGGCGGAUAUCGAACUGGGAGGCUUGACAGCCAUGGUCAAGGCGCAAAGCGGUAUCGUUCUGAAUGAGUGUGCACAAACGGCACAGCUGCUCUUUGGAGGAAAUGGCUACACCAAGUCGGGACAGGGAGAAUUGGUUGAGAGAAUAUACCGCGAGGUUCCAGGUGUUAGAAUCCCGGGUGGGUCUGAGGAUGUUAUGCUGGAUCUUGGUAUCCGACAACUGGUGAAGAAUUUCCAAGCCAAAACGAAGGCUUUGGAGAGGCCGCAGGGUACAUCAAAGCUAUAG